CAUAUAAUACUUAGGAAUAUCGAGCGGGACUUGAUGCUGUCGUACAUGAUUUCUAGUCAGUGAGUUACCAGUGUCCGUCAACGACGUGUAUACUUGUAUUUUUUUUUUUUUAAAAAAACUGUAGACGUGUUUAAUUUUUCCAAAAUGUUUAACUGUGCGAUAUGUGGAAAAGUGUACGUUUAUAAGCGUGAUCUGAACAGACACGCUAAAAUCCACGACGGAUCAAAGAAUACGUGUGGGAUUUGCCGCAAAACAUUCACUCGGAGGAACGCACUCAGUAUUCAUGUACAAAAUUGCCAUAAAAUUGCAAAAAAUACACCAGAAUUCGAGAACGCCGUUCAAAUAACUGGUGCAAUUGUUCGUGAUACAGUUAUAAACUGGGCACCCCCUGCAGCGACACCGCCGCCACCGCCAUCACCACAUGCUGACCCAGUUUCCCUAUCUCCAGAGCCUUUCUCAAAUAGUCAUACAACGGUAACAUCUUCCCCGCUUCAGCCCUCAUCAUACGAGCGGAUGCCGGCCAUCACGUGCCGACCUACCGUACACCCGCCUCUCGUCACAGACACUUCCGACCCCACCUCCGCUGCCGUCAAUGCCGUGCACAAUAGAUCGGGUCCAGCGCCACCGCCAGCGCCAUCGCCUCCGCCCGUACAGCAAUGCGUAAACCAUGUCGAAAAUAGCCGAAAAAAUAUUAAGCGGAAAAAAGGUCGCAUGAAUACGGUUAAUACGUCGGGCUUUAUCGAAAUCGAGUCAUCGCUUAAUCGGACGGUGGUAUGGUAUUUCAGGAAAAAUGUAGAAAACAUCCCCAGUUACCGUGCUUUCCUCCAUGCGAUAGAGGGCGAAUUGGUGGAAAAAUUACGCGAAUGCGUACGCGAUCACCCGAUAAAAUAUAAUCUUAAACUAGAGGCCACCUACCUCGUGCCUAACGUGGAUAAUACCGCACAAAAUCGUGCGUUUAAAACGUCGGCGAGGGAAUUGUUUGUGCAUAGUAAUAUCGACGGUUUAGUAGAUCGAGAUUUUACGACGCUACUCGCCGAGGAAGACGCGUAUCAAGGUAAAGGCAGCGGCUUCGCUUUAUCGAGCAUCGACGGUUUACUUUUAGGAGUGUACGAAUACACACCUAUGGGGGGCUCCUCCUUUCUACCACUGCCUGCGAGUAUCGCGAAACGAAAGGCUGUGAUAAAUCCGGAAAAUAUCGAUGAGAAUUGUUUCAAAUGGGCGGUGCUUGCGAAACACGUUCGGGGCAAUAACCGCGGGCGCGUAAACGCAAAAUAUUUUAACGAAGAACACCGCUAUGAUUUUUCAGCACUGCCCGCCCCCACCCCCGUCUCGCAGAUUAAAUUAUUUGAGAGGUCAAAUCCCGGUACUUCCGUAAACGUUUACGGCGUACGAAAUUGUAGAAAUAAAAAUAAAAAUAAAAAUUCGACAUCGCAGUCGGCCGUGUAUCCUUUGCGUGUUGUAGACUCUGAGAGCGAAAACCAUUUUGACUUGUUGUUGCUAAACGGUGGCAAGGAAGGUAAAAAAAAUCAUUACGCGUUAAUAACAAAUUUUUCUAGGCUCGUUAGUCGGCAAAAAAAUAAUCGUGAGCAUCGUUUAUACACAUGUAAAAAAUGCUUUACCACUUUCGACGACCAGCCUCUAAAAUACAAACUACACGGUGAGCAGGCGCUGGCUAGGCAUCGUUUGACAUGUGGCACGCACAAACCCGUAUUGCCUCUGUUGCCUAAAGAGGGGGACACGCUCGAGUUCAACUCGUGGCGGAAAACAGAGCGUCUACCGUUUGUGGUGUAUGCAGACUUCGAGGCGUUACUUUUGAAGUCGUCACAAAAAUAUGGGACUAAUACCGAGGUGAUGCACAAACACCAUCCUAUGAGCUACGGGUACCUAGUUGUUGCGGCGGAGGGGGUACCGGUAGAGUUAUUUGAACAGUUUGGCAUUCCGAGAGCCCCGGUCAUUUUCCGUGGGUCGGCAACCGAAGACGAUGUGGCCAAGAGAUUUGUCCGCGACGUUCUCAAUGUGGCUGAGCGAAUAUGUAAUUUGUACAAGACGGUCAAUGUACCCAUUAUUAUGAGUGAUGUGGAUUGUCGCCUGCAUGCAGACAAGAUGUCGUGUGACUUGUGCAAGGCGAGAUUUACCAAACGUAACUGUAAAGUUGCACAUCAUGACCACCUUUCCGGUCGUUUUUUAAAAACGUUAUGCAACACGUGUAACUUGAAAUUAAAAACGCCCAAGUUCGUGCCGUGCUUUUUUCAUAAUCUUUCAAAUUACGAUGCACACUUUAUCGUUGAGAAUAUGCCUAGUGAUAAUAAAGCGAUUUCUGUGAUAGCGAGUAGUGAAGAAAAGUUUAUCACGUUCACUAAAUACAUAAACAAUACGUUCUCCGUCAAGUUUAUCGAUACGUGCCGAUUCAUGGCAUCGAGUUUGGCAAACUUGGCGGAGAACCUAACGACCGCGAACUUUGAAAAGUUCCGCGAAGUCUCAAAAGUAUUUAGUGCAGAAGAGAUGUCGUUGGCCACACGGAAAGGUGUAUAUCCCUACGAAUACACAGAUUCGUGGGAUAAAUUGUGUGAAACUUCCCUACCACCUAAAAUCAAUUUUUAUAGUGCAUUGUCCGAAAGUCACAUAAGCGAAGCGGACUACGAGCACGCGACGCGGGUGUGGAAUCAUUUCGGUUGUUCGACUCUCGGCGCUUAUAGUGAUCUAUAUUUGAAAAUAGACGUACUCAUAAGCGCCGAUGUAUUCGAAAAUUUCAGGGACAUAUGCAUGUCAACGUAUCACCUUGACCCUGCACAUUAUUUCACGGCUCCGGGAUUUAGCUUUGACUGUAUGUUGAAAUACACGUCGGUAAAACUGGAACUGCUCACGGACUUUGAUCAAAUAUUGUUUCUGGAAUCCGGUAUGAGAGGAGGUCUAGUUCAGGCGAGUAAACGGUACGCUAAGGCUAACAAUCCUAAAACGCCCGAAUACAAACCCGAUGAGCCUAUCACACAGCUCAUAUACUUAGAUGCAAAUAAUUUAUACGGAUAUGCGAUGUGUAAGUACAUGCCUAUCGGCGACUUCGCAUGGUACUCGGGCAACCCCGAAGUCGCGCUAGCUCAGCUUGAGUGGAUGAGAGAGACGGACGAUGUGGGGAGAGUUUACGAGGUAGAUAUUUCAUACCCACAAAGUCUACACGAUGCACACAAUGAUAUGCCGUUCUUACCACACGCCAGCAUACCAAACGGGUCCUCCGUCCGAAAGUUGAUGGUCACAUUUCUACGAAAAGAAAACUACGUGGUGCACUAUUUAAAUUUGAAACAGGCCAUGGCACACGGCGUAAUCGUCGAAAAGGUGCAUCGAGUGCUGGAAUUUCGUCAAUCGCCAUGGUUAGCCCCGUACAUCAAUUUAAAUACGGAGAUGCGUCAACGGGCGAGUAAUAAGUUUGAAGAACAGUUUUUCAAAGAUCUUAAUAACUCUGUGUUUGGGAAAACCAUGGAGAAUAUGCGGAAACGAUAUAAAUUAGAGCUUGUAUCGCGUGUCGAUAGGUUGCGUAAGCUUAUUAACAACCCGACGUUCAAGCACUGCACCGUGUAUAAUGAAGAUCUCGCGGCAGUGACGUUACACGGUAAAGAGAUCGAUUUCUGUAAACCUAUCUACAUAGGAUUUUCGGUACUCGAGGUUAGCAAAGUUCUGAUGUACGGAUUCCACUACGAUGUCAUGAAACGACACUACGGCGAUAAGAUCGAGCUGCUAUACACCGAUACUGAUUCGCUAUUGUACCAAGUAACAACCAACGAUUUUUACGACGACUUGGUGGGUGUCCCGAGCUUAAUGCGAUACAUGGACACAUCGAAUUUACCGCCUGAUCACAGGUGUUUCACAACGUUGCGUAAAAGGAUCCCGGGGCUUUUCAAAGACGAGGCUAAUGGACGAACCAUUUUUGAAUUUGUCGCGCUCCGCGCCAAAUCUUACGCUUUCGAUGUGGAACACAAAGUCUCCAUUCGUGCGAAGGGCGUUAUGAGACAUGUGAUAAAAAACCAUCUAACACUGAACGAUCAUAAACGAUGUUUGUUCGGCAGUGAUACCGAUGGCGACGACGACGACGACAUCGAACUAGGUGUGCACGCGAGUAAGCUACUAGCCAGAGAUUCCGCGUGUCAAGUUGUCGAACGCAUACACCGCGACGCAUCGUCUCUCACACCCCCACCACCGCCAUCUGAACAGCGACCUUAUGAAGCGUAUACGCCGUAUAGGGAGAACGUGUCUAUCCGGUCUUUUAAACAUCAAGUGUAUACGGUGAAAACAAUGAAGUUAUCAUUAAAUAGAAGGGAUGAUAAACGUUACGUUCUCCCUGACCGUGUGCACACACUCGCGCACGGACAUUAUAAAAUUGUGUAAAUUAUUUUUAAAAUGUAAAUAAAUGUCAUUAUUAUAAUUGUCACUUUAAAUGCAAAUAAAUUUUAUUAUUAUAAUUCUCACUUUAAAUGCAAAUAAAUA